AUGACGAAUGCACCUGGAUUAGACAUUGAAGAGGUUGAUAAAAAAACUCGAAUGGACGAGGAAAAAGUAUCAAUUUCCACGAUUCCUCUUGAAGACAAGGAAACAAAUCAACAAGCUAAAUGUACCCAAGAGGAAUGGAGUAAUUUGCGUAAAGUUGCAGACAGCGUACCAAUCACCGCAUGGUUCAUAAUAAUCUGCGAACUUUGUGAGAGAUUUACGUUCUAUGGCAUCACUGGACCAUUCCAAAAUUACAUUCAAUUUCCACCCCCCAAAGAAAAAGACGGACAGCCUGGUGCCAUUGGGGCCGGUCAACAAACAGCAACUCUUUUAACAUUACUUUUUAUUUUCUUCUGUUACAUCACCCCGUUACUUGGAGCCAUCGUCGCCGAUCAAUAUUUAGGAAGAUAUCUGACCAUCUUGACAUUCUGUUUUAUCUACAUGAUCGGCCUAGGAAUUCUAACCUUAACAUCAAUUCCGCCGGCUAUUGAAGCCCACGCCUCAUUACCUGGACUUGUGGUCGCCAUGAUAGUUAUUGGGUUGGGUACGGGAGGAAUCAAAUGUAACGUUUCGCCGUUGGCCGGCGAUCAAUAUACG